AUGAGUUUUAAACCAUUAUUAGGCUGUGUUUGCAUGAGUUUAACAACACAAAUACUGUUAGCGAUCUAUGUAGCUGUUAUUCCAGUACAAAAUAAAUUCGAAACGUUUAUAGGUUUAGUUUUACCUGUUGUCUACUUAAAUUACGUUAUUAUUGGCGUUCCAUUAUUCAAUUCAAUAUGGGGAGAAGCCAAUAAUGCAAUUACAUCAGUUAUUAUUAUGAGUAACGAUAUCGUUAUCAUUCCUAUUUAUCAAACUUGCGCAUCAUUAUUCUCUGUACGCAAAUCUAAAGAAGAAGCUGCCAAAAAAGCUGCAGAAAAUCAAGUAGAUGGCGAAGAUGUUACAGAAGGAAAGAAAUUUACGAUUAAAGACUUUGGAAAAAUUUUAUUAAAUGUCUUUAAGAGUCCAAUUAUUCAAGGCAUUAUUGUUGUCAUGAUCUACUCACUUUCUACAUUGAAACUUCCUAUAUAUCUUGAUCGUUUCCUCUAUACUAUCCAAGCAUCUUGUGUUGGAUUGGCUCUUUUCUCUGCUGGAGGGUUUUUAGCCAAGACUUCUCUCAUAUCAUGUACAUGGCUGGAGUUCUUCACUGCUAUUGGCUUCAGAUUCAUUGUUAUGCCUUUCUUUUCUUGUGUUUACUCUUAUGCAAUUAAGUUAACAAACCAACAGAUCAGACAAUGCCUCUUAAUGUGUCUUGUUACAUCUUCUACAGCUGUUUAUCCUAUUACUCAAGGUACAGGUAUAAAAGUUGGUGUUGCAUCAACAAUGGUCCUUUGGUCAACAAUCUUAUUCGUUCCAUUCAUGAUCUUAUGGAAUUUCGUACUUGAUAAGAUGAACUUGUUCAAGGAAUAA